UCCCCUUUUCCUUUUUUCACUACUUUGUAUUGUUUUGAUAUAAAAAUGAUUUCAAUCAAGAUAAACACCCCAGGCAUGUUUUGCUACCAUAGUUUUUUCAUUUGUUCACGUCGUUGAAAAUGUUAAUAGCCUCUUUUCAUUAAUUCAGCAGCAGAAAUAUUGUAUUUUUUGUCUUAAAUUGAAUUAUUUACAAUGAAAGAGACGCUGCAGGAAAUGCACUGUACAUAAAACAGCAAUUAGAGCAGGACACUGCCUUUUCUUCAGACGGCAUAAAUUUGACUUUUCCCCUUCUUUUUCCUCUAAGGGCAACAACCGCAAGGAGGACAUUAGCGAUGGCAAGCAAUUACAAGUCCUUCUUCGUCUUCUUCAUCAGAGCUGGGCUUCUGCUUGGCCUGGCCAAUCCGUUGGUGACCUCAGCCUCCUGUCCCUCGCAGUGCCGGUGCGAUGGGACUUUCAUAUACUGCAAUGACCGGGAUUUGACGUCCAUCCCUUCGGGCAUCCCAGAGGAUGCUACGGUACUUUUUCUACAGAACAACCGCAUCAAAAGCGCAGGGAUCCCUACGGAUCUACAACGGCUAAACAACGUCGAAAAGAUAUACCUGUACUGCAACAAUCUGGAUGAGUUCCCCACCAACUUGCCGCUGAAUGUCAAGGAACUUCAUUUGCAGGAGAACAAUAUCCGGACUAUCACCCAUGCCUCCCUGGCACAGAUUCCCUUCAUUGAGGAAUUACACCUUGAUGACAAUUCCGUGUCAGCUGUCAGCAUCGAAGAGGGUGCGUUCCGGGACAGCAACCAUUUGAGGCUGCUCUUCCUGUCCCGUAACCACCUCAGCACCAUACCUUCCGGUCUGCCAAUGACUAUCGAGGAGCUUCGCUUUGACGACAACCGCAUCUCGUCCAUCUCUGAGGCAUCCCUGCAGGAUCUUAUAAAUCUGAAGCGACUGGUUCUGGAUGGCAACCUCCUGAACAACAGGGGCAUUGGGGAGAUGGCCUUGAUCAAUUUAGUCAAUCUUACUGAGCUCUCUUUGGUACGGAACUCCCUGACUUACCCACCCGCCAACCUGCCGGGCUCAAGCCUGGAGAAGCUAAAUCUUCAAGACAACCACAUCAAUCACGUGCCAGCAGGUGCCUUUGCUUUUCUGCGACAGCUGUACCGUUUGGAUCUGUCAGGCAACAACUUGAGCAGUCUGCCCAUGGCGGUAUUUGACGACUUGGAUAACCUUACCCAGCUGCUCCUGCGCAACAACCCCUGGUACUGCAACUGCCGGAUGAAGUGGGUACGUGACUGGCUGCGCAGUCUUCCGUCUAAGGUCAACGUGCGUGGCUUCAUGUGCCAAGGUCCCGAUAAGGUCAAAGGGAUGGCCAUCAAAGACCUGUCCACAGAGCUGUUUGGCUGCUCAGACACCGAGAUCCCAACCACAUAUGAGACCAGCACAGUCUCAAACACUUUGCCACCCUCUCGACCCCAGUGGCCCUCAUAUGUAACUAAAAGACCUGUGGUUAAGGGUCCAGAGCUGGGAAGAAACUAUCGUAGCACGACACCAUCCAGUCGUAAGAUCAUCACAAUAAGCGUAAAAUCCAGUAGCGCAGAGACGGUGCACAUAUCCUGGAGAGUAUCCCAGCCCAUGACAGCCCUGAGGCUCAGCUGGCUAAAGCUGGGCCACAGUCCUGCUUUCGGAUCUAUAACUGAGACCAUCGUCCAAGGGGAGAGAACAGAGUACCUGCUCACAGCUCUGGAGCCCGAAUCCCAUUAUCGGAUAUGCAUGGUUCCUAUGGAGACGAGUAACAUUUACCUGUCAGACGAGACACCUGUUUGCAUAGAGACAGAAACUGGUUCCCUGAACACGUACAAUCCCACCACAACCCUGAACAGAGAGCAGGAGAAAGAGCCUUACAAAAAUUCCAAUCUGCCUUUAGCUGCUAUCAUCGGAGGGGCGGUGGCCCUUCUGGCUAUCAUCAUGUUGGCCCUGGUAUGCUGGUACGUCCACAGGAAUGGUUCCUUAUUUUCCAGGAACUGCACAUACAACAAAGGGCGCAGGCAGAAGGACGAUUAUGCCGAAGCUGGAACAAAGAAGGACAACUCCAUCUUGGAGAUUAGAGAGAGCUCUUUUCAAAUGAUUCCCAUAAAUCACAUGCCCGUUUCAAAGGAGGAGUUUGUGAUACACACAAUUUUUCCUCCUAAUGGCUUAAGUCUUUACAAGAGCCCGCACAGCGAAAGCAGCAUCAACAACAGAAGCUACAGAGACAGUGGAAUACCAGAUUCAGACUACUCUCAUUCAUGAUAGUGUGCACGGAUUACAAAGACAUUUUAUUGCAAAUGAGUGACUUGGAGACUGCUUGGUCUUUUGCAAAACACUGGAUUGAAAAGACUGAGAAAGCAUCGUUAUGUACAUUUGCCAUAUAAUUUAUAUUUAAGGACAAUUUAUUAAAAGGAAAAAAGGUUCCGAUUGCAGGCCAUCACUGAGCUGUCGGUGUAUGCUGCCACAAACUGCAAUUCUAUAUUUUAGAUAUUUGUAGUCAUUUGUACUGUACUUCCUUUACUUAUGGUUUUAGAUUAAAAAAAAAAACGUUGUGCUCUACUGAGAUAUGAUGACUUGUCAACUGUGAAAGUGGGUUUUCAUUGCGGUGUUGAACAAUCAGAUUUUAGAAAACCAUGUAGUAUAAAGCACAGGUCAAAAUUAUCACUACGUUGCUGUCAGUGGAAAAAAUAAAUAUAACAAAAAACAAGGCUGUGAGAAUAUAGGGCAUAGGUGACUGAUCAAAGGAAAUAAAGACACAAGUGUUUUGUUAAUUCUAAGGAUGGCAGGCACAGACUUACUCCGGUGUCACAGAAAACUCCGGUUUUGUUUAGGAACCCUGGUUGCCCAUUCCAGAAUGUUGCCAGGCUUUACAUCACUGCAACAUUUAGGAAGCAGAUAUCUAUUACCUCCUCUCUGCCCUGGAGGAGGUAGCAACACAGCACAGAAUCCUAAAUUCUUUGCAAAUGAAGCACACAGAUCAAAUGAAAGGUUACUUCGCAGUCAAAUCAAAGUGGACGGGCAAAAACACAACACAGAACUCAAUAUUACUCAUUCAGUAAAGGAAAACAGCAUUUACCGUAUCCCUCGGUACAGUUAACCAUGUCAUGUCAAUGUUGCCCUCCAAAAAGGAAUACGUUGUGGGCAGAAAACAUAUGGUAAGAAACACAUUUGGGCUCUUUUCUAUUUGGAAUAUAAAAAGAAGUGUCAACUAUUUUUUUGUUCAUAUAAUUCUUAUUUGUAUUUUUUUUUUUUUUUUUUUUCAAAGCCACUUUUAAGUUGCCACAGUUAAAUUGUUCUUUACAACUGAAGACCAAAGUGCAUUGAAUGCCCUUUGGCCAGUCUUGUAUGUGCCUUGAUCCAAUGCUUAUUGUAUUUAGUUUUUUCAAAAAAAUAAAUCAGUGACUUAACUUUUUUCAUACACACUUGAAUAUGAUAGGAUAUUGGUCAUAUUGCAAAAUAAAAGUGGAUAAAACCCCAACUUGAUGGUCUCCUUUUCCCCAAAAGAAUGCUUUCUAUUUAUGUUUAAUCCCUCUAAGCUUUACAUAUACCAUUCUGGGUUUCAAAAGUGUUCAUCUAAAGGAUCCCAGUAUGCUUCUUCCUAGUGCAGCAUCCGCUUGGGGUUCCAAGUGCUCUUUUGUGUGGUUAAGCCAUGUAUGACUUAUCUGAUUGGCCCAAGUGGGAAAUAUCAGAGUAUGGCACAGAAGCUAAAUGAGGCCAUUGGAGAGAUACUGUGCUGGAUUUUGAUGUGUCCUGCAGCCACAGGGGGCCAUGUACGUAUAUAAUGACUAUACAGCAUUAGUUUGAUGGCACAGCCCAAAUCACAGAAUCGCACAGGUGGCUCGCAUGAGCACAUGGGUACGUGUCUACACAACAUAUAUGUGCUUAUGUGGGCCAUGAGUCUGCGAAUGAGCACAU